CCCUAGCCCCUUGGCUCGCGGCUCUGCCCAGACCAUUGUCCGCACACCUUGUCCCUCCAGCUUCCGGGCCGCGGGAGAGAUGAUUUGCUGCGGAUGACAUCAGCCCUGGGCCAACGGUUGGAAGAGAAGAGCCUGCCACCGCGUGAGGAUGUGCCGGGUGGUCCCUUCCUCCUCCUCUUCCUCCUCCCCAGCUCCCUGCCUGGUCUCCAUAUAAAAGCAGCUCGGCUUCCCCGCCCUCUCUCACUGCCCGCUCCUCUCCGCCGCGCUAGGAGAGGGCGGAGGGGAGAGGCGGCGCGCGGCGCCGGGAGGAGGGGGACGCAGGGGGCGGAGCGCCGACGGCACCUUCGGGGAUAAUCCUUUCUCCUGCCGCAGAGGAGAGAGCGGAGCGGUCGGAGCGAGGACUGCGCGCAGCUCAGCUAGCCGGCAGGAUGGCGACCGUGGUGGUGGAGGCCACCGAGCCAGAGCCUUCCGGCGGCAUCGCCAACCCGGCGGCAUCCACCUCGCCCAGCCUGUCGCACCGCUUCCUUGACAGCAAGUUCUACUUGCUGGUGGUCGUAGGCGAGAUCGUGACCGAGGAGCACCUGCGGCGUGCCAUCGGCAACAUCGAGUUCGGAAUCCGAUCGUGGGACACAAACCUGAUCGAAUGUAACCUGGACCAAGAACUCAAGCUCUUUGUAUCGCGACACUCUGCAAGAUUCUCUCCUGAAGUCCCAGGACAAAAGAUCCUUCAUCACCGAAGUGAUGUGUUAGAGACAGUCGUCCUGAUCAACCCUUCCGAUGAAGCCGUUAGCACUGAGGUGCGCUUGCUGAUCACUGACGCCGCCCGACACAAGCUGCUCGUGCUGACUGGGCAGUGCUUUGAGAACACCGGAGAGCUUAUUCUCCAGUCCGGCUCUUUCUCCUUCCAGAACUUCAUAGAGAUUUUCACAGAUCAAGAGAUUGGGGAGUUACUGAGCACUACCCAUCCUGCCAACAAAGCCAGCUUAACCCUGUUCUGUCCCGAAGAAGGGGACUGGAAGAAUUCCAAUCUUGACAGACAUAAUCUGCAAGACUUCAUCAACAUCAAGCUCAACUCAGCUUCUAUAUUGCCAGAAAUGGAAGGACUCUCCGAGUUUACUGAGUAUCUCUCAGAAUCAGUGGAAGUCCUCUCCCCCUUCGACAUCCUGGAGCCUCCCACGUCGGGAGGAUUUCUGAAGCUCUCCAAGCCCUGCUGUUACAUCUUCCCAGGAGGGAGAGGCGACUCCGCCUUGUUUGCGGUCAACGGAUUCAACAUGCUCAUCAAUGGCGGCUCGGAGAGAAAGUCGUGUUUCUGGAAACUCAUCCGCCACCUGGACCGAGUGGACUCCAUCCUGCUCACACACAUUGGCGAUGACAACCUGCCGGGCAUCAACAGCAUGCUGCAGCGGAAGAUUGCGGAACUCGAGGAGGAGCAGUCGCAGGGCUCGACCACAAACAGUGACUGGAUGAAAAACCUCAUCUCCCCUGACUUGGGCGUCGUGUUUCUCAACGUCCCGGAAAAUCUGAAAAACCCAGAGCCCAACAUCAAGAUGAAGAGAAGCCUGGAGGAAGCCUGCUUCACUCUCCAGUACCUAAACAAGCUGUCUAUGAAGCCGGAGCCUCUGUUUCGAAGUGUAGGCAACACUAUUGAUCCUGUCAUUCUUUUCCAAAAAAUGGGAGUGGGUAAACUUGAAAUGUAUGUGCUUAACCCAGUCAAGAGCAGCAAAGAAAUGCAGUAUUUUAUGCAGCAGUGGACUGGCACCAGCAAGGACAAGGCUGAACUCAUCCUGCCUAACGGUCAGGAAGUAGAUAUCCCGAUUCCCUAUUUAACUUCGGUCUCAUCGUUGAUCGUGUGGCAUCCGGCAAACCCUGCUGAGAAAAUCAUCCGUGUCCUGUUUCCUGGCAACAGCACCCAAUACAACAUCCUGGAAGGACUGGAAAAACUCAAACAUUUAGACUUCCUGAAGCAGCCGCUGGCCACCCAAAAGGAUCUGACUGGUCAGGUGCCUGCUCCCGCCGUCAAACAGGUCAAACUGAAGCAGAGAGCCGACAGCAAAGAAAACCUGAAGCCAGCCGCCAAACCGGUGCCCAGCAAACCCGUGCGAAAGGAGUCAAAGGAAGAAGCCCCCGAUGUCACCAAAACUAACCAGGUGGAAAAGCCAGCCAAGGUGGAGAGCAAAGAAAAGGCGCCGGUCAAGAAGGACAAGCCUCUCAAAGCAGAGGCAAAACCAGCCGUGGCGGAAAAGGAGGCGCCCAGCAAGGACGAGCAGCCUCCCGUGAAAGCCGACGUGGCGGAAAAGCAAGCCACAGACGUCAAACCUAAGGUCUCCAAAGAGAAGACGGUGAAGAAGGAGGUGAAGGCGAAAUCUGACGAGAAGAAAGAGGAGAAGGAGAAAACCAAGAAGGAGGUGGUGAAGAAGGAGGACAAGACCCCCGUCAAGAAAGAGGAGAAACCAAAAAAGGAAGAGGCAAAAAAGGAAAUCAAAAAGGAAAUCAAGAAGGAAGAGAAGAAAGAACCCAAGAAAGAGGUUAAGAAAGAAACGCCCCUGAAGGAGGCCAAGAAGGAAGUUAAGAAGGAAGAAAAGAAGGAGAUGAAAAAGGAAGAGAAAGAACCUAAAAAAGAAAUCAAGAAGCUCACUAAAGACACAAAGAAACCAUCCACGCCUCUGUCUGACGCGAAAAAACCGGCCGCGUUGAAACCCAAAGUAGCCGCCAAGAAGGAGGAACCGGCCAAGAAGGACACCGUGGCUGCGGGCAAGCCGAAGGAGAAGGGCAAGAUCAAAGUGGUGAAGAAGGAAAGCAAGCCCACCGAGGUGGUCGCCGCCACCGCCACGGCAGCCGCCAUGGCCGCCGUGGCCGCGGCAGGGACGGCAGCCCCCAGCCCCGGCAAGGAGCUCGAGGCCGAGCGCUCGCUCAUGUCAUCCCCCGAGGACCUCACCAAGGACUUUGAGGAAUUAAAAGCCGAAGAGGUCGACGUGGCCAAGGGCAUCAAGCCUCAGCUGGAGCUGAUCGAAGACGAAGAGAAACUCAAGGCGACGGAGGCGGGAGAAGCCUACGUCAUCCAGAAGGAGACGGAAGUCCUCAAAGGCCCCGCCGAGUCGCCCGACGAGGGCAUCACGACCACUGAAGGGGAGGGCGAGUGCGAGCAGACGCCCGAGGAGCUGGAGCCCGUGGAGAAGCAAGGGGUGGAGGACACGGAGAAAUACGAAGAUGAGGGGGCUGGCUUUGAGGAGUCUUCAGAGGCCGGAGACUACGAAGAGAAGGCCGAGACCGAGGAAGCCGAGGAACCGGAAGAGGAUGCUGAGGAGAGCCUGGGCGUGGGAGCCCCCAAGCAUGGCGCUGCCGAGGAUGAGGAGGUGGCAAAGGCCGAGGCGGAUGUACACAUCAAGGAGAAGAGGGAGUCGGUGGCCAGUGCCGAUGACCGAGCGGAAGAAGACAUGGACGAAGCAAUUGAAAAAGAAGAGGCCGAACAAUCCGAGGAGGAGGGCGAUGAGGAGGAUAAAGCUGAGGACGCCAGGGAGGAGGACUACGAGCCUGAGAAAGCAGAAGCUGAAGACUACAUGAUGGCCGUGGUUGACAAGGCCGCCGAGACCGGAGGUGCGGAAGACCAGUAUGGUUUCCUCACUGCUUCAGUCAAGCAGCCUGGGGCCCAGUCUCCCAGCAGAGAGCCCGCCUCUUCCAUUCAUGAUGAGACACUGCCUGGAGGCUCCGAGAGCGAGGCCACAGCCUCUGAUGAGGACAAUCGGGAGGACCAGCCUGAGGAAUUCACUGCCACCUCGGGCUACACUCAGUCUACCAUUGAGAUCUCCAGCGAGCCCACCCCCAUGGAUGAGAUGUCCACUCCUCGCGAUGUAAUGAGUGAUGAGACCAAUAACGAAGAAACUGAGUCCCCAUCACAGGAGUUUGUAAACAUCACCAAAUAUGAAUCUGCCUUGUAUUCCCAGGAAUAUGCCAAGCCUGCUGUGACAUCACUCAAUGGACUGUCGGAUGGGUCAAAAACAGAUGCCACUGAAGGCAAGGACUACACCGCCUCAGCCUCCACCAUCUCUCCACCCUCCUCCAUGGAGGAAGACAAAUUCAGCAGAUCCGCUCUGCGUGAUGCCUACUACUUAGAAGAGAAAGAAGCAAAAGCCAGUGCCAAGCUGGAGGUCAAAGAAACCUUCUCCACAGUUUCUGAGGAAAAACUCAGCCCGCCGAAGAGCCCGUCCCAGAGCCCAUCCCCACAGUCUCCCAUAGAGAAGACUCCCCUGGGUGAACGUAGCGUCAACUUCUCUCUGACACCCAAUGAAAUUCAAGUCUCUACGGAGGCGGAAGUAGCCCCGGUGUCUCCUGAGGUACCACAGGAAGUAGUUGAAGAACGCUGUGCUAGUCCUGAGGAGAAGACUCUGGAAGUGGUAUCCCCUUCUCAGUCUGUGACUGGCAGUGCAGGCCACACACCUUACUACCAAUCUCCCACCGAAGAGAAAUCAAGUCACCUCCCUACAGAGGUCAUUGAGAAGCCACCGGCUGUCCCCGUGAGAUUCGAAUUCAGUGAUGCCAAAGAUGAGAGUGACAGAGCCUCUGUGAGCCCCAUGGAUGAACCUGUGCCUGACUCUGAGUCUCCCCUUGAGAAGGUGUUGUCACCUCUGCGUAGUCCUCCCCUGCUGGGAUCCGAGUCUGCCUAUGACAGUUUCCUGAGUGUUGAUGACAAGGCUCCAAGCAGAAGUAGUGAAAGUCCAUUUGAAGGAAAGGAUGGCAAGCAAGAACUCCCAGACCAGAUGUCUCCAGUCUCUGACAUGACAUCCAUGAGUCUUUACCCAGAUAGAGAGGAAGGGAAGAGCACGGACUUUAUACCGAUAAAGGAAGAUUUUGAUCAAGACAAGAAGACUGACGAUGUUGAGUCUGCAAGUUCCCAACCAGCACUAGCCUUGGAUGAAAGAAAGUUAGGAGAUGUUUCUCCAACACAGGUAGAUGUCAGUCAGUUUGGGUCUUUUAAAGAAGACACCAAGAUGUCCAUUUCUGAGGGCACUGUCUCAGACAAGUCAGCCACACCUGUGGACGAGGGUGUAGCAGAAGACACCUACUCGCAUAUGGAAGGGGUGGCCUCAGUCUCCACGGCCUCUGUGGCUACGAGCUCAUUCCCGGAGCCAACCACAGAUGAUGUGUCUCCUUCUCUGCAUGCCGAGGUGGGCUCGCCACACUCCACAGAAGUCGAUGAUUCCCUUUCGGUGUCCGUUGUGCAAACACCUACCACUUUCCAGGAAACAGAAAUGUCUCCAUCAAAAGAAGAAUGCCCAAGACCAAUGUCAAUUUCUCCACCAGAUUUCUCCCCUAAAACAGCCAAAUCCAGGACACCGGUCCAGGAUCACAGAUCGGAACAGUCUUCAAUGUCUAUUGAAUUUGGCCAAGAAUCACCUGAGCAUUCCCUUGCUAUGGACUUCAGUAGGCAGUCUCCGGAUCAGUCUGCAGUGGGAGCAGGUGUGCUCCACAUCACAGAAAAUGGGCCAACGGAGGUGGACUAUAGUCCUUCUGACAUGCAGGACUCCAGUUUGUCACAUAAGAUACCACCCAUGGAGGAGCCGUCCUUCACCCAAGAUAAUGAUCUCUCAGAACUCAUCUCAGUGUCUCAGGUGGAGGCCUCCCCGUCCACCUCUUCUGCUCAUACUCCUUCUCAGAUAGCUUCUCCUCUUCAAGAAGAUACUCUGUCUGACGUUGCUGCUCCCCGAGAUAUAGCCUUGUAUGCCUCGCUGACCUCUGACAAAGUGCAAAGCCUGGAAGGAGAGAAGCUCUCUCCUAAAUCUGAUAUCUCUCCACUCACUCCGCGGGAGUCCUCUCCUUUAUAUUCUCCUAGUUUUUCAGAUUCUACCUCUGCAGUCAAAGAGAGCAUGGCAGCUUGCCCCACUUCUUCCUCCCCACCCACAGGUGCAGGCUCUGCAGAGCCCUAUGGUUUCCGUGCCUCAAUGUUAUUCGAUACAAUGCAACACCACCUAGCCUUGAGUAGAGAUUUGACGACCUCUGGUGUGGAGAAGGACAGUGGAGGGAAGACGCCUGGAGACUUCAGCUAUGCCUAUCAAACACCUGAGAAAGCAACCAGGUCCCCAGAUGAAGAAGAUUAUGACUAUGAGUCUUAUGAGAAAACAACCCGGGCGCCAGAUAUGGACAGCUAUUACUAUGAGAAGGCAGAGCGAGCCAUCAAAUCCCCGUGUGAUGGUGGCUACUCCUAUGAGACCAUUGAGAAAACUACCAAGAGCCCUGAGGAUGGUGGCUCCGCCUGUGAAAUCACUGAGAAGACCACCCGGACACCUGCGGAGGAUGGGUACUCAUACGAGAUGAGUGAGAAGACGACAAGGACCCCUGCAGUGAGUGGCUACAGCUAUGAGAAGACUGAGAGAUCUCGAAGGCUCCUGGAUGACAUCAGCAAUGGCUAUGAUGACUCUGACGAUGGCAGCCACACACUGGGAGACUCCAGCUACUCGUAUGAGACCACUGAGAAAAUCUCCAGUUUCCCUGAAUCUGAAAGUUACUCCUAUGAGACAUCUACAAAAACCACACACACCCCUGAUACUUCUACAUACUGCUACGAGACCUCAGAGAAAAUCACCAAAACCCCGCAGGGGUCUACUUACUCCUAUGAGACCUCGGACCGAUGCUACGCUGCAGAGAAGUCACCCUCAGAAGCCCGCCAGGAGGUCGACCUGUGUCUCGUGUCUUCCUGUGAGUACAAACAUCCCAAGACGGAGCUCUCGCCCUCCUUCAUUAAUCCCAAUCCACUCGAGUGGUUUGCCAGUGAGGAUCCCACCGACGACACCGAAAAGCCCCUCACCCAAUUAGGGGGUGCUCCACCUCCCCCGGGAGGAAAGGUUCAGGGGCGCCAGUGCGAUGAGACCCCUCCCACCUCUGUCAGCGAGUCAGCCCCAUCUCAGACCGACUCUGAUGUGCCUCCAGAGACGGAAGAGUGCCCCUCCAUCACAGCAGAUGCAAAUAUCGACUCUGAGGAUGAGUCCGAGACCAUUCCCACAGACAAAACCGUCACGUACAAGCACAUGGAUCCCCCUCCGGCCCCCGUGCAAGACCGCAGCCCUUCUCCACGCCACCCUGAUGUGUCCAUGGUUGACCCUGAGGCCUUGGCCAUUGAGCAGAACCUAGGCAAAGCUCUGAAGAAAGACUUGAAGGAGAAGACCAAAACCAAGAAGCCAGGGACGAAGACCAAGUCAUCUUCACCAGUCAAGAAGAGCGAUGGGAAAUCCAAGCCAGCAGCAGCUUCACCAAAACCAGCCACCUUGAAAGAAUCCUCAGACAAGGUAUCCCGAGUGGCUUCCCCCAAGAAGAAAGAAUCUGCGGAGAAAGUGACGAAAACCAGCACCACUCCUGAGGUCAAAGCUGCACGAGGAGAUGAGAAAGAUAAGGAGACCAAGAAUGCCGCCAACGUCUCUGCAUCCAAAUCAAGCAAGACGGCAACUGCAGGUCCAGGAACCACCAAGACAGCCAAGCCCUCUGCUGUGCCUCCAGGCCUCCCUGUGUACCUGGACCUGUGCUACAUCCCCAACCACAGUAAUAGUAAGAACGUCGAUGUGGAAUUUUUCAAGAGAGUGAGGUCAUCCUACUACGUGGUGAGUGGGAAUGAUCCAGCUGCUGAGGAGCCCAGCCGGGCUGUCCUGGAUGCCUUGUUGGAAGGGAAGGCUCAGUGGGGCAGCAACAUGCAGGUGACACUGAUCCCAACUCAUGACUCAGAAGUGAUGAGGGAGUGGUACCAGGAGACCCACGAGAAGCAGCAAGACCUCAACAUCAUGGUGUUAGCAAGCAGCAGCACAGUGGUGAUGCAAGACGAAUCCUUCCCCGCUUGCAAGAUUGAACUGUAAAAGCCAAGGCCAGCCACACCACAGGAUUUGGAGUUCGCUUCCAGAAAUUCUUCACUUUGAAACUACCUUUUCUAAAAAAAAAAAAAAAAAAAAAAAGGUCACUUCAUCUAAUUAAGUCGCUGAACAAAAUUACCUGCCAAAUGCCAUACUGUGUCAUGGUAAUGCAAGUCACCAAUAUUUCUCAGUUUUUGCUGAUUGCUAAGGGAAGUAACAAUAUUC